UCCGCCGUGUGAAAACAGUCACAGCAGAUGCAGAUCAGACAGUUUUAAACUGUUACGCAUACCUCGUGCUGUCUGUGCCCCGAGAGUACUGAAGGCUUGAAGGCGAAAUGAAGCGAAGCCACAACUACAGCUCAUCGGACAGCGACCUGGACGACACCGUUGAGGUGGAGAAGGACAGUGGGGAUGAAAAUGGUCAAAUUGACUCCCACGGAUCGAUGUCACCCUCCACAACCACGCAAGUCCAAGCCAGAAAAAGGCGCAGAGGGAUCAUUGAGAAACGCAGACGUGACCGGAUCAACAACAGUUUGUCAGAGCUGAGAAGAUUGGUGCCGAGUGCUUUUGAGAAACAGGGAUCUGCUAAACUGGAGAAAGCAGAAAUACUCCAAAUGACAGUGGACCAUUUGAAGAUGCUUCAUGCUUCUGGUGGGAAAGGUUACUUUGAAGCUCAUGUUCUUGCUAAGGAUUACCGCAGCCUGGGCUUCAGGGAGUGCCUGGCAGAGACAGCUCGCUACCUGAGCAUCAUAGAGGGUCGGGACAGCACAGACUCCCUCCGUGUACGAUUGGUGUCCCACCUCAGCAACUAUGCUUCUCAGAGGGAGGUGCACACUGGACUGGAACACUUAGCCUGGGGCUCUGCCUAUGGGGCUACCCCUGCCCAUCUGCCCCACCCACUCCUUGUACAGCACCCCCAGGGCAGGACACCUGCAUCCAGAACCACCAGCAGCCAGGCCCCUUCCUCCUCCUCUUCACCCUCAUCAUCUUCCUCUUCCUCCUCCUCCUCCUCCUCCUCCACUGAGACAUCUGGGACAUCCAGACUCAGCGCCAUGCCCCCCACAGAGUCCCUCAGGGUUCCUCCCAAUGGCUCUCUACCCCUCAGUCUUCCCAUGCCAACAACCAAGCUUUCUCCACCACUGGUCUCAUCUCUGUCCUCGCUUUCGGCCUUCCCCCUCUCCUUUAGCGCAUUCCCUCUCCUUUCCCCGACAGCCGUCAGCACCGUGAGUCCCCCCUCCACACUGUCAAAACCUUACAGGCCAUGGGGCAUGGAGAUCGGGGCCUUCUGAAGCCAAUCCCUGGACUGAAGGCAACAGCUGAGCUGUGCCCACCGUCACAUACAGACUGCUUCAACUGUUUUACAACAAUAAAAUACAGGAGAACAAAAUUGAUUUUAUUUUAUUAAGCAAAAGGAACAAGUGGGAGCGGUUGCUAGAGGAUCUGAUUUCUCAUUUACUUUUAACAAGAAAAGAAAAGUGCUUUUAUGUUAUUAAAUAAAAUCAAAAACUAAUUUAGCUAGCAUGCACUGCCUCCAGGUUGAGGACUGUUGUAAUGGUAUGAUAAAUGGGUCAUGGAUUGAUUUACAAUAAGCACAAAUUUAGAGAUCAGCUGUUGUAGGCCAUAUACUGAAAUAUACAAAUCUACACCUGGCGUAACAUAGAUUAACUUAAUUAUGUCAGCUUUUCUUAUGAUUUUGGGAACUACAGUGACAAUAAAUAUGCAUAUUAUGCGCGCCACUUUUGGGAAAGUAACUUUUUAAGGUUUGGAAACUUGUACCUUGUACCUGUUUGUAAUAUUUUUGUACCAAUAAAUUGAUUCUAAGUAUAUACAA